AUGGCUAUAAAGGCAACAUCUUCAAGUCAUUUUGAACCUGCAGAAUCGAAAGAAUUGCCUCCUGAUGCUGACCAACUUGUGGUUGAAUUGACUCAAUCUUCUCCAUCCCCUCUCUCACCUCAGCGACUGCGUCUUUGCUAUCCUGCAUUGUGCCACAGAUUAAGUAGCCUUAUGUGGACAGUGCACCUGAGACAAAGGUUUGACUCAGCUGCUGAGCUGUUUGAAAAAGUUGGUAAAAUUCCUAAGGAGUGCCUCUGUAGGCAGAAUACUGGAAUGUCUAACCUGGAGAUGCCUCUGUUUUUUAACAUGUGUGUGGACUUCUUGGAUGUUUUUAUGGAAGCGACCAUGGGUGCUGCUCAAGCUACGUUGGACAUGAAUCGAUGUGAAGAUCCCUGGAAGUGUGAAGGAUCGGGUCCCCCGUCAUUAGUUGAGUUGGCUGUUGUGCAGUCAGCAGCCAAUUAUGACUUGCUUCAUCUUCAUCACCAGUUGGCUGUUGCUUUGCAUAUGAUGGCUUCCUUUAUCUUGCGCUUCCCACACCCCAUUUCAUCUCUCUUUGAUAACGUGGGUCAGGCAGCAUUGUUUGCGGACUUAACUUCGCAGCCUCAGUUACCAGGCCAUAAUCUGGAACAGGCAGUUAUUGACAGUCGGACUAAUUUCCUGUGCAGAGUCAUCACUGAAGCUGUGCAGACUAUACAGAAGAUGGAAUGGGCUGAAAAUGGUCAAGACGAUAAGGUGACAAAGUUGGAUGGCAAACUUGCUGAUCAGUGGAUGAGCAAAUGCUUAAACCUUGCAUCUGUAUGGCAAGUUAGCACUGACACGUUAUACAGACACCAAAUCAGUGAGCUGUAUUCUAAAGACUGCGAUCCCUUGGCUGUGGAGAUAAUGCCUGCAGCCCAAGAUUCAUCUCAGUUAACCUCUCAGUUGUUGAUUGUCUGACAUCGCAUGUGUGAGAUUGUUAUGAACUCUCCAGAUGUGGUAUGCACAUUGUCAUAUCUCAAUCCUUCACUCUGUAUAUGGCUUCAAAGUUAGAAUAAGGACAGUCUGAAGAGCAGUGACACCCCUGAUCUAAGUUACUUGGCACAGCUGCUUGCCCUCAUAAUGCAGCUCCUUCCUGAAGAUCAUCAGGACUACCAUGUUGCUCUUCAAAUGGUUGAGGCGGUGCAGGCAUUGAUAAGCACUUGCAAGGACAGGGCUGCCACAUGACCCUUGUCCUAACACUAAGGCAAGGAAUGUUAUGGCUGUGUGAUGUAAAUAAAGACAUGAAACUGUUAAUUUUCAAUUUUUUAGUUAAGACUUCAGAGCUGUUUGUAAAGUAAGGCUCCAAGAAUGCACCAUAAAGAGAUUCCCUCCUUUCUAGAUUAUUCAUAAUGUACACUGUAGUUCUGUAGUUAUGGUUAGACAUUUCUCUGAAUAUCUAUCACAGUCUUCCUGCAAAGACAAAGAAAUAAUUAACUAGGUCCAUGGAGCAGAUCCUUCUGGAGAAGUUGGUAAUAUGCUCAGCUAGUCAAACUUAACAUCUUUUAUGGAACCUGAAGGCGUAUUAUUGUGUUCGCAAGAGUUCACACAAAAAACAGAAACUUGUUUUUGUAAGGCAAUGUUUGUUUUUUGGCACUGGUGAGAACAGUGCAAAGCAAAAAUAUUUGUACUUUCAUUAUUAUUUGAUUGUUUGUGGGUUUAAGUGUUCUUAUAUAUGUUAAAGAAUAAUCUAUUGUCACGUCACUUGAAAUUCAAUAUGUUAUAAUGAUUUUACACUGCUUACCUUUUGACAUCGUAAGUGAACUAAUCACACUUCUCGUAAGGAUGUUGCUUGGUAUGUAGAAUGGUUGUGGAAUUAUACAUGUCGGCACACAAGAAAUAAUUUUAAUGCAUUAUAUGAUUUUAUUUUGCACUUCAUACAGAAAUCACAACGAACACAUUGUUCAUAAUCAAAAAUAAAAUUCACAUUAUCACUAACUUUUCACACGCUCUGACGUCAUGAAUCAAAUGAGACGAGUGUUACUAGUUUGAUAUAUCUUUCGUGUUUCUAUAAUAUAACACAUUGUUUAGUUUUUAUAGUUAUUCAAAAACAUUGAAAUUGUAGGUUGUGGUUCUCUGGGUUCUUUCAGGGUAGCACUUCUACCUUGAAGUUGGAAUCAGUAUGUCCCUCCAGAACACUGGUAACUAUGUAUAAGACUAAACAGUAUCACAACCCAUGAAACCACAAUCUAUGGAAGUAAAUCAAAUUUCUUCUUAUAAGAUGGUGGACAUAGGUAAUUAACUUCUGAUAGCAUGUUAAUUCUGAGUCUUGUUGAUUUGAUAAAAAUUAUAAUUAUUAUAAUGACCCUGGUGAGGAGGGAUGCUGUUUCCUCAGACCACUGAUCUACUGUCACCAGAGGUUGGCGUGUGUCCUAUGAGUUGCUCAAAUACGCUGUCAUAAUUGCAUGUAAUAGUUUCAUUAUCAGAGUACUUAAGACAUGAUCCAAAGUGAUCAUGCCAGAAUUUAGAAAAUAAGAGGUGUUUUUAUUUUUUCCCUAUUGCACCAAUGCCUUAUGUCCAGCCUGUGUACAUUUUGUGAUAUUAUAUUACUCUGCAUAAUGAUAAAAUACAGUGUGUCCACUAGCAAAGUUAAAUGUUCUCAGCACCUAGAAGUAUCAGCAGUAACAACUCACUGCCAGGUGCUACAAGAUUUCAAGCAUUGCUCCAUAAAGCAUGUCAACUUACCUAACUAUAUGAUGUGCUGAAAACACUCUCCCUGUGCAAGCACAUACUCUAUAGAACUCCAUUACCACUUAUUUUGGGAGCAAACAUGUCCAUUCAAAUGAAACAAUGGCAUCAUAAAAAAAAUCAAAUCAGGGUCAACUUUCCCAUCAUGAGCUGUUGCAGAAAUUAAUCCUCCUGGCCAAGUCACAUGUUUGCAAAACUUGAACUGCAGUCUCAUUGUAUGGCUGAAGUUCAAGCAGCUUCAUUGCUUUGACUGCUGAUGAUAUCAAGUUGCCAGCCACUUGGAUAAGGCAGCUCAGUGAUUUCAGUGGUGUGUGUUCUAACCUGGCUCAUGUAUUUUCUCGUUUUUCUUUGGUAGUCACAUAGCACAUUUUUUAGCUGGUUUCUUGUCCAGCAGUGACCCAUUGGGCCUGACUUUAUUAAAUAGUUAUGGAUGCCUGUUAUAUUUGGAACUCUGAUCCUGUAAAAUUUUAACAAUUUUCUGACACUUUCUAGCGGAAUCACUUUUCACAUGAUUCACAUAGAAAAACCUGGUGUUCAACAGUCUGUCAACCACACACACAUAACUCUAACCAUCACUUAACGCAAUGUUAAACACAGUUGCACUGUUUUGAGAAUAAUUUUAGCAGUAAUUGCUGUUAGCACUUGGUGGUGAGUUAUGCAUUUCCUGCUGUGAGCUUGGAAGUGACAGAUGCAUUUAAGUUUGUCAACAGAUGCACUAUAGUUAUAGCCUGAAUUCCAUAUUUAAUUUUAAUUUAAGUUAAUAAUUAAUGAAGAGUAACUUCAUGAAUUUUAUUGUUUCAUUUAUGAUACUGUUUGUGAUAGUAUGCCACUAGCAGUUCAAAUAUAUUGUCAUGAAAUCUA